UUAUUUCCUAUCUUCUACUUUGGGUGUUGAUUUGUUCUUCUUUUUCUAGCCUUUUGUCUUAACUCGGUGAUUACUUCCAGUGAGUCAGCUUCCUGGCAGCAGGAAAAUCCAAAGGAUGCAUUGAUUAUUGGGGAUCUCUGCAGCAUAUCUGAGGAAGAUUUCUUCUUGCUCAGUCCUACCUUCCAAGUCCGGAAACCCACAGCUUCUCUGACACAAGGACUGUUACUGGCAGCUGAUACAGAGAGAUAAAAAGUCCUCAGAAGUUCUCUCCUGCACUUCCCCAGAAGGUACCAUGAGCAAGAUCAGCGACGUGGUGAAGAGGGCCAGGGCCGCCUUCAACUCAGGCCUGACCCGCCCGCUGCAGUUCCGGAUCCAGCAACUGGAGGCGCUGCGGCGCAUGAUCCAGGAGCGCCAGCCGGACAUCGUGGAGGCUUUGGCCGCUGAUCUGCACAAGAAUGAAUGGACCGCCUACUGUGAGGAGGUGGGGUACGUUCUGGAGGAGAUUGCGUAUAUGAUCAAGAAUCUCCAUGAGUGGGUCAAGGAUGAGCCUGUGGAGAAGACUCCUGAGACCCAGCAGGAUGAGUCCUAUAUCCACUCGGAGCCCCUGGGAGUGGUCCUCAUCAUCGGCACCUGGAACUACCCCUUCAACCUCAUUAUCCAGCCCAUGGCCGGCGCCAUUGCUGCAGGGAAUGCAGUGGUUCUCAAACCCUCAGAGCUGAGUGAGAACAUGGCAAACCUGCUUGCCACCAUCCUCCCUCAGUAUGUAGAUAAGGACCUGUACCCAGUGAUAAAUGGGGGUGUCCCUGAGACCACAGAGGUGCUCAAGGAGAGAUUUGACCACAUCUUCUACACGGGCAGCACAGGCGUAGGGAAGAUUGUUAUGACGGCUGCUGCCAAGCACCUGACUCCUGUCACACUGGAACUGGGAGGAAAGAGCCCCUGCUAUGUGGACAAGGACUGCAAUCUGGAUGUGGCCUGCCGACGCAUUGCCUGGGGGAAAUUCAUGAACAGCGGCCAGACCUGUGUGGCCCCUGACUACAUCCUUUGUGACCCCUCAAUCCAGCACCAAAUCGUGGAGAAACUAAAGAAGUCUCUGAAAGAGUUCUAUGGGGAAGAUGCCAAGAAGUCACGUGACUAUGGAAGAAUCAUUAAUGCCCGGCACUUCCAGAGGGUGAUGGGGCUAAUUGAGGGCCAGAAAGUGGCCCAUGGAGGCACUGGAGAUAUGGCCUCCCGCUACAUAGCCCCCACCAUCCUCACGGAUGUGGACCCCCAGUCCCAGGUGAUGCAAGAGGAAAUCUUUGGACCAGUGAUGCCCAUCGCGUGUGUGCGCAGCCUGGAGGAAGCCAUCCAGUUCAUCAACCAGCGUGAGAAGCCCCUGGCUCUCUAUGUCUUCUCCAACAAUAACAAUGUGAUCAAGAAAAUGAUCUCAGAGACAUCAAGUGGCGGGGUGACGGCCAACGACGUCAUCGUACACAUCACUGUGCACUCUCUGCCCUUCGGGGGCGUGGGGCACAGCGGUAUGGGGGCCUACCACGGCCGGAAGAGCUUCGAGACCUUCUCCCACCGCCGUUCUUGCCUGGUGAGGUCUUUACUGAAUGACGAUGCCCACAAGGCCAGGUACCCCCCAAGCCCAGCCAAGAUGCCCUGGCACUGAAGAGGGCCACUGCACCUGGCCUAUCUGUGCUGUGCGGCCACCAGAGGAUGAGACACCUCUCUUGCUCUCCGACUCCUGGAGCUCCUGACUCUGGCCUCUUGCUUCUCUGCUCUCCUAGGCAAGCCCCCAACUCCCAGAUGGACCCCAGGUCCCAACUCUCCAAGACCCUUCCCCUGGCAGGACACAUAGGGACCAAUAAAGGUUUCUGCAUGAAAAGUCG